AUGGCAGCCAACGUCACUUUCAAAGGAUACGCCAUCGAAGAUACGAGCAAAUCGUAUGAUUUCAAGUUGAUUGAAUACCAGCCUAAACCGUUGGGGGAUUUCGAUGUCGAUAUCAAGAUCGCGUUCUGCGGUGUAUGUGGGACUGAUAUCCAUACCAUCACUGGUGGAUGGGGAACUCCCCUUCUGCCUGUCGUUCCUGGUCAUGAAAUUGCUGGCCAUGUUGUUUCAGUUGGGCCUCAAGUUAAGACCAUUAAAGUUGGUGACCGCGUUGGUGUAGGCUGCUCCGAUGUUGUCUACACAUACAACUGCAAGUACCCAGAGUGCGGGACCAUUGCCAAAGGAGGUUAUGCAAACGGGAUUCGCGUCAAUGAACGAUUCGUUUUCCCUAUCCCUGACGGCCUUAAGUUGGAGGAAGCUGCACCUAUGUUCUGCGGAGGACUCACAGUCUACUCGCCACUAGUUAGGAACGGAGCUGGUCACUUCGCUCUUCAAUUCGCGAAGGCUCUUGAAUGCGAUGAAGUUAUUGCUUUCUCGCAUUCGAGAAGAAAGGAGGACGAUGCCAAAAAGCUUGGUGCUACCAAAUUUGUUGCUACAGGCGAGACCGGUUUCGAGAUCCCAUACAAGCGCACUCUAGAUAUAAUCAUCGUUACUACCGAUGUCGUUUCUGGAAUCGCUUUGGAUGAAUUAAUGAGCACCCUUGUACCCGGCGGUCGGCUCAUCAUGGUGGCCAUCCCCGACGAUAAACUUCCUGCCAUGUCCAAGGGCACCCUCUUUUCGAGUGGCCUCUACGGUGGUAGCGUGCUCGGCAGCAAGAAAGAGGCUGUUGAGAUGCUGCAGCUCGCUUGCGAUAAAGGGAUUAAACCUUGGAUUGAUGUUAUCCCUAUGUCUGAAGCGGCAAAAGCUGUCCAAGGUGUUAAGAACGGCCUCCCAAGGUACCGUUAUGUGUUGAAGCAAGAUAUUGAUCAAUAG